AUAUCUAACUUUAGUUUGUAAAUAUGGCGAACAGGACUGUGAAGGAUGCGAAGUCUGUGAGAGGUACAAAUCCGCAGUAUCUAGUAGAAAAAAUAAUAAGAGCUAGAAUAUACGACUGCAAAUACUGGAAAGAAGAAUGCUUCGCGUUAAGUGCAGAGUUGCUCGUGGACAAAGCAAUGGAAUUGCGAUUUAUAGGUGGAGUAUAUGGUGGCAAUAUCAAGCCAACACCUUUUCUGUGUCUGGUACUGAAGAUGUUGCAGAUUCAGCCAGAAAAAGACAUUGUAGUAGAAUUUAUAAAGAACGAAGAAUUUAAAUACGUUCGUGCGCUUGGUGCAAUGUACAUGAGACUGGUAGGCUCAUCUUUGGAUUGCUACAAGUAUUUGGAACCACUGUUUAAUGACAGCAGAAAGUUGCGGAGACAAAAUAGACAGGGGCAUUUUGAGUUGGUGUAUAUGGAUGAAUUUAUUGAUGAGCUCUUACGUGAGGAAAGAGUUUGUGAUGUAAUUUUACCAAGAAUUCAGAAGAGACAUGUUUUGGAAGAAAAUAAUGAGCUUGAGGCCAAAGUUUCAGCAUUGGACGACGAUAUCGAUGAAGGUAUUGAAUCCUCAGGAGAUGAAGAGGAGAUAGUUAAACCUGUAGAACCACCGCCGCAGGUUGAGAGCCAUUAUCCGCGCGGGCGAGAAGAGAAAAUGAGGAGAUCGCCUAACCGCCGGAGAAGCUUGUCUCGCGAGAGGAAUCGCGACAGAGAACGGAGGCGAAGCAGAGAACGAGAAAGGAAUCGCAUGGAUAGAAAUGAUCGUGAAAAGAAAGUACGCCGUAGUAGAAGCAGGGAAAGACGCCACCGUUCGAAAUCACCUGUUGGAAGGCAGGGACACAGAGACCGAGGUGAAAGAGAAAGAGAGCAUCAGAGGACAAACAGGGGCAACGACAUGGAUAGAGAUAUCCGUAGACGCGACAGGGAUAUGGACAGAAACAGGCAGAGACAUUAAGAUGUGUUGUGUAUUAUUCACCGGAGAAAUGUUGUGUUUUUUGUCUGACUGAAAGUGACACUGUGUGAUUUCUAGAUUUCACAGAAAAUUCAUCUGAAGCUGUUUUGUGGUAGUUAUCUUGUGUAUAUGUGGAAUGUGACGUGUUUUGUCGAGUGUAUAAAUUACUGAUGAUUUGGAUAGAGGCUUUGCAAUAAAUGUUUUGAAGUCAACAAAAUA